AUGGCACCACCAUGGCAUCAAACGACCCUGUCAACGGGUCAAGCUACCUCGAUUGACCUCGCCCGCAAUCAGAGCUACGGCAUAAAGCCUCUAGCUGGGAUCAAACGUACCAUCGAUGCAGUCCGUGAUGUUCAGAUAGGCCCUCCAGUCCAGAGCUCAUCAUCAGUUCCGCGGCCACAGACUAUCGACACACCUCUUUCCCGGCAUAAUUGCCAGCCCCCUCGUCUACAAGCUAGCUGUAUUACUCGUCCAGACCACAGUGAUGACAGCAAAGCAGUCCCGAACCCGACACCCAUUCAUAUUCCUCCAUUCAAGUCAUCUACUCCAGGGCCUUCGCAAAACCCGCUUCUCAGCCUUCGACAUGCUCGUUAUGGUCUACCUUCCAAGCUGGUUGACAAUUUUGAAUCACUCGGGGUACGCGCCAUAUACUCCUGGCAGUCAUCGUGCCUAUUGGGCCGGGGGUUGUUGGCCGGAGAACAAAACCUGGUCUAUACAGCCCCCACAGGCGGGGGCAAGUCGUUGGUCGCAGAUAUCCUACUAAUCAAGCGGGUCCUUGAAGAUCCUACAGCAAAGGCGAUCCUGGUUCUCCCUUAUGUCGCUCUCGUUCAAGAAAAGUUGAGGUGGCUCCGCAGCUUGGUGGACAAGGUCCCCAAAGUAGUUUGCGACAGUCUCGAUGGUGUGCCAACACCAACAUGGCGCCGGCCAACCCCAUUUGUGCGAGUCGGUGGAUUUUUUGGUGGGAGCAGAACGAAUAUCAGCUGGUCCGACUGCGACAUCGCUGUCUGCACCAUCGAGAAGGCCAAUUCGUUGGUCAAUGGCGCCAUUGAAGAAGGCAAAUAUGGUGACAUCGGUAUAGUGGUACUGGAUGAACUUCAUAUGAUCAACGACGAACAUCGGGGAUAUCUUAUGGAACUCCUUGCCACGAAGCUCAUGUCGCUUGCAUCGGGUGAGAAGAAGGUUCAGAUCGUGGGUAUGAGCGGCACCCUGCCAAAUCCACAAUUGCUAGCACAAUGGCUGAACGCAAAAUUUUACAUUGCGAAGUACCGUCCAAUUCCCAUCGAGGAACAUCUUGUGUACGAGAAUGCCAUCUAUCCAACAGCAAAUGCGAAAGAGUUCUUUCGCACGGCAAGUCAGCUGGCUGCCGGCGAUGCUCUCCCAACACAACGACCACAACCUCAGCGGACGAUCGCUAGAUCAAACCACAAAGAACUCAAAAGUCCAACCCCCAAUGCCGUUGUAGCUUUGGCUGUUGAGACUGCCCUUGCUGGUCACGGGGCACUGGUAUUUUGUGGCAGUCGAAUGGGUGCAGAGAAUACAGCGCUCUUGAUUAGCGACGCGUUACCUACAGACCACCUGAGCUGGGAAGAGUUGGAACGGCGUCAAGAUCUCCUGGCAUCGCUCUGUGCACUGCCAGGUGGAUUUGAGCCAUCUUUUUCCAAGACUGUUCCUUGCGGAGUCGGCUUUCAUCACGCCGGAUUGACAACUGAAGAGCGAGAGCUGGUUCGCGAAGCGUAUGACGCAGGGAUCCUGCGGGUGAUGGUGGCGACGUGCAGUCUCGCGGCGGGCAUCAAUCUUCCAGCAAGAAGAGUAAUAUUGAAUGGAGCUCGGAUGGGUCGAGAGCUGGUCGGCCCUGCAAUGCUUCGACAGAUGCGGGGACGUGCUGGCCGCAAAGGCAAGGAUGAAGUCGGUGAAACCUACCUUUGUUGUCAAAAGCCCGAUCUUGAGGCUGUGGCAGAAUUACUUGAGGCGGAAAUGCCUCCGGUCGAAAGCUGCCUGACGCCUGAAAAGAGAGGGAUCAAGAGAGCUCUUCUGGAGGUCAUUGCUACCCGUAUGGCGUCCAGCAUAGCGUCAUUGGAUGGAUACGUUCGCUCAUCACUUCUUUGGCAUAGCAUUGACCAUCCGCAGGCUGCUGAGAUGGUCGAAAUGGCGAAGCAGGCAUUACUCCAGGACGGAUUGAUUCAAGAAGGAGAAUACGAUGGAUGUCUUGAACCAACCAGGCUUGGAAUCGCGGUUGUGGCGUCUGGUCUCGGCCCUGAGGAUGGGACUUUUGUCCACGCGGAAUUGCGACGGGCACUUGAAGCGUUCGUCAUGGAUGGUGAAAUGCACAUAUUCUAUCUGUUCACUCCGGUCCAGACCACGGGGCUCGCGGAAAUUUCGUGGUUGACUUUCCGAAACCAAUUAGAAGAUCUCGACGAGAGUGGAAUACGAGCAAUCCGACUUAUCGGCGUCAAUCCUGCUUUUGUGAAUAGACUCGUCAAUAGCGGUGCUCAACUCAAGGAAAACACGGCAGAAGAGAUCCAUAUGGCGCGAAUCUAUCGCAGAGCAUACUCAGCCUUCCAGCUGCGAGAUCUGUGCAAUGAGAUGCCGAUCCACGAAAUCAGUCUGAAAUAUUCUGUGCCGCGGGGACAAGUGCAGACACUGGCUCAAACCUGUCACGGAUUCGCUGCGGGCAUGAUCAAAUUCUGCGAGACAAUGGGCUGGGGAAUGCUAGCGGCUGUACUGGAACAUAUGCUGGAUCGCCUUCGUGCGGGAGCACGCGCCGAUCUCCUGGAAAUGGCUCAGAUAGCAUUCGUCAAGAGUCGCAUGGCCCGGAUGCUGUGGGAGAACGGGUUCAAGAGUGUUCGAGCUCUGAGUGAAGCCGAUCCGCAGGCUCUGGUACCGAUCAUGUUGCAAGCUCAGGCAAGGAAAAUGAAAUUGCAGGGAGAGGCUGCCGCCAAGUUCCAGGCAAAGUUAUUGUCCAAGGCAGAGAUUAUAGUCAGCAGCGCGAACAGGCUGUGGGAGAGACAACAAAUGGUGCAGUGGGAGGAGGAAUGA